AAGAACUUCCGUUAUGACGUAGUAAGCUAGUAGUAAAUGGCGGUUGCGGACAGGGUGGACAGUAAAUAUUACCACGGUUAUAACUGUCCGUUCAUGUGCCGUGCUGACACGAAAUUCACCGCUAAACAGACGAAAACGAAUAAACCGUUGAACAAAUGGAGAACGAAUAUGGAGAAAAGGACACGGAGGCUGAACUCCGUCUGAGAGUAGACUCGUUGAAGCAGGAGCUAACAGAGUGCAGAGCCGAGCUGGCCAAGUUACAGAAACAACUGAACCAGUCCGAAAGACUGCACAGGAGCACGGAGAGCUACAACGAAGACCUGAGGAAACAGGUUGACCUGCUGAGCACAGAGAUUCAUAAACGUAAGAAGAAAGAUAAAGACAGAGUCGACAGUGAAACUCAGACAGAAGAAUAUGUGUGGACAGAAACUGAUUAUUACAACUAUUACUAUGGAGGCUACAAUCAGAACACAGAGGCUUCAGACACUCAGGAAGGCAUGAACACAGUAGCAGCAGUGGAUGUAGCUGAUGGCAGUGAGGCAGCAGAGGUAGCAGAGGUUUCAACAGCAGAGAUUUCAACACCAAAUGAAGCAGCAGCCGAAAGUGUUGCAGCCACGGCAGAGGAGGGUGAUGCAGGAUCCAUAGCUGAUAUACUGAGAGCCACUGCUGAAGAGGCUAUGACACAGACAGGGUUUGUCUUUGAUGAGACUACUGGGAUGUACUAUGACCACAGCACAGGCUUCUACUAUGACUCGGCCAGUCAGUUGUACUAUGAUGCCAACACGGGCAUUUAUUACUACUAUGAUGCGGAGAGUGGACGAUACCAGUUUCAUUCCAGGAUUGAGGUGCCUGCUGCACAAACUUCUGCAGAGCCUUGUAAAGACGAGACCAGGGGUGAAAAGAAAGGCAGAAAGCUUAAGAAAGGGUCCAAGAAAACCUCCCACAAGGACGAUAAGGAACUCAUAUUUGAUGAGGUAAAGUUGGAAGAAGAAGAAACUGACUGGGUUGAAUGGCCAACAACCAAGAGGACAGAAUCACGAAAACUGAAGCGAAAGUCUCGAAGUCCAGAUGUGGCACCACGUAGAAAAGAAUGUUCUAAACGCCGGGAAGAGAGUGACAAGUCUUCAUUAAAGAGGAAGAAGCAGAAAAAUGGCUCUCACAGUGAUGAAAAGGGUAGAGCGAGGAAGAAAAGGAAGAAAUCAAAGUCAAAAAAGCAAAAACAGAAAAAGAGCUCAGCUCAAAGUGAUGAUUCGGAGGGAAACAGUGAACCGGAAGAGGGUGAGAUCACAGAGUCGGAGAGAGAAGAUUGGGAGUCCACUCCCUCGUUCUCAUCAUCUUCGAGCUCCCCCUCUAGGGACAGCCCAGAGUCAGAAAUGGAGACUCAGACUCAGGAAGUCAAGGACAUUUGGCCGCCCUGUGUAAGAGUGACAGUGGUCAGAUCUCCAGUGCUGCAGGUGGGCACUCUGUUCAUCAUCACAGCCGACUGUCCAGCCACUGUUGGCAGAGAGAAAGAUAUGGACCAUGCGAUCCGAAUACCAGAAAUGGGAGUCAGCAAGUUCCACGCAGAGGUGUACUUUGACCAGGAGACGCAGAGCUACAUGCUGGUGGACCAGGGGAGUCAAAAUGGAACCGUCAUCAACGGCAACAGGAUCUUACAGCCCAAAACCAAGUGUGAUCCACACGCACUGAUGCACGGUGACGAGGUGAAGAUGGGAGAGACCGUGCUUUCCUUCCAUAUCCACUCAGGGACUGAUACCUGCGAUGGCUGUGAGCCCGGUCAGGUGUUGGCUCACCUCAGCAAGUACAAGAGAGAGGAAAAUACAGGCCCUGCUCUCACCAAAGAGGAUAAAGAAGCACUGAGACAAAAGGAGCUGAAGCAGAUGAAGGCCAAAUAUGGCCUGCAGAGCACUGAGUAUGAGGAGGCCAAAGCCCUGAGGAACCCCAAAUACACAGACCGAGCAGAGUGUCGACGACAGACGGUGGGCAGCGAGGGUGUUUUCCAACGAGAUGAUGCACCCGCUUCUGUUCAUAAGGAGAUCAGUGAAGUCAAUAAAGGACGGAAAAUGCUGGAAAAGAUGGGCUGGAAGAGAGGAGAGGGACUGGGUAAAGAGGGAACUGGAAUGAAAGCCCCGAUUGAACUGAAAAUCAGAAAGUCCCAGUCGGGUUUGGGGGCUGGUGCCGCCAUGUCUCUAGACAAUGUCUCUGUAACCAAAUCGAAGUCCCAGAAGAACUGGGAGAAAGCACGCGAGAGAUUUGCUGAUACAUGCCAGCCUGACAUGCUGUCACCUAAAACACAGAAGAACACGUCACCCAAAGCCUGGGUCAAAGCGGAAGAGUCUGAGACGACAAACGCACAAGCGGGUUUUGAUACAGACCAAAGUUAGGAGUAAGCGAGAGUGGAGAGCAAAGGUAGUCUACUUUCUGAGGAAGUGUGGUCUGCUGUCUGUAAAGUAGUGUUGUUAUACUCUGUCUCAGCCUUCAGCAUGAGGAAACAUAGCUGAAGAGCUCAGCAACGAAUUAAUUCUGAGCCGAGUUUCCUCUUGAUACAACUGUUGAACCACAGUUAUGUCACAGUGACCAACACUACCUGUCAAGCUUCCAGUGCUGGGCAUUCACAGAAUUUGUAAAAGUCACUAGCUGUGGUUGUAGAAUGUAUCCCUCCCACGUCCAUAAGUGAUCUGUGUGGGGAAAAAAACUCUUGAAGACUAGCAGCGUUCAUGUUCCAGUGUGUCUGUAGUCUGACCUACAGAGGGCAGAGCUGCCACUGUUUCUCCCAAAACAAGCUUUAACACAGUGAAGCUAUAUUUCUCACAAUGAGAUCAUGCUGUGAUAUGAGACAACUCUGGAUCUGUUUAGACAACACUGAUCAUGAUAAACCAGUCACAACUGCUCGGUGUAAUACUGUCCUAACCCCCCUCACCCCCUUUGUUCUUCUUCUUUUUUUUUUACACUAAAUUAAAUUUUGAACAUGCUCAACCA